AUGGAGGAGGAAGAGAACAACCAGCUGGCCUUCCUGGAUGUCCUCGUAUGCCGCAAAGAUUGUGGUGGACUAAAGACCAAUGUGUUCAGGAAAGCGACAAAUACGAUGCAAGUACUGAACUUCAACAGUAACCACCCAAUCAGCCACAAACGCAGUUGUGUAAGGACGCUCUAUCGGCGUGUCGAAACACACUGCAGUGAGCCGGAAGACAAGAUUGCUGAACUACAAUACCUCCGACGGGUAUUCAAAGCCAAUGGCUACCCGAGCAAUUUUGUCAACCGGUGCAUACGCAAAAUGGACGAAAGGCCUAACCGCACGGACACCAAAGUUUGGCGAGCGCUUCCAUAUGUCAAGAACGUUUCGGAAGCUGUUGGCCGCCUUCUCGCACCGCUGGGGGUUGGAGUUGUACACAGGCCAGAGGCAACCAUCAGGCGCCAACUGAUGAAACCAAAAGACCCACUGCCACGGCAAGAAACGUCUGGAGUCGUUUAUCGGAUCUGGUGCAGUUGCGGACAAAGCAACUACGUCGGAGAAACCGGAAGACAGCUCCGAACGCGAAUGGCCGAACACGCUGCAGCAGUGCGGAGAAAUGACGCCAGCUCUCAAGUUGCGGCUCAUUCGACGGGUUCCGGCCACACAUUCAAAUUUGACGAGGCCGAAAUUCUCGCAAGAGGUGACAACCGCGUGAGCCGGGAGCUGCUUGAGUCAUGGUUCACUGGCCCCCAGUCUAUUAACAAGUGCAAUGAUCUUCCCAUUCAAUACAGCGUGCUGAGACUUCAUCUAGGCGGAGAAAUUGGCCACGCGGGGAGCGCCCUGAUGAACACUCUUCCCAACACCCGGGUCAGCGCGUCAGAUGGUCGAGCAAUCAUCACGCCAACAUCCAACGCACGUGAUGAAAUUGCAGCAAUUAACGACGCGAAUAUCGACCAUCACGCCACGUGCAACGAUCCCUGA